AUGAGGCCUGACCUGACUCCUCUGCUGCUUGCGCUGUGUUUCCUGGAUGUGUGGGAUCUCUCACACGUGGAGGAGAUGAAGAGCCAGGAGCGGAUCUUCCUCAGCUCCCUCGGGCUCUCCGGGCCCCCCCGGGCCGCGGGGACCCACCUGCAGCCGCCGCCGGCCCGGAGCCACGUCCCCUCCGCGCUGUGGAGGAUGUUCCGCAGGUCCGAGAAGCUCCGCAGCCAGGAGAGCGAGCCCUGCACGGUGUCGGAGUACGGAGUCCGCGGCAACAUCAUCCGAUAUGUGCAGGACCAAGGCAGGCUGGUGUCAGGGUGGAGCAGCAGCUGUCAGGCCUGUGUGGAGAAGCAGCUUUAUUUCAACAUGUCCGUCCUGCAGCCUGUGGAGCUGCUGUCUCUGGCUCAGCUGGAGGUCAACUUCCACUGGAAACCCUUCAGAUCUGCUGACCUCCUGCAGGCUCCCCGGGCCCUCGGCGUGUCUCUGUACAAAGUCAUGCGAGCCACGUUGAGAGGAGCCGACCCGCAGGCCAACCGCAGACUCCUGCUGUCCCAGUCCGUCCAGCUGCAGCCGGAACCCACCUCCCUCACUCUGGACCUCACCUCGCUGGCAGAGAACUGGCGCAAACCGGGUCGCAACUACGGUUUGGUGUUGGAGCUGCUUCCCCUCAGCGCAGAGCCACAGGAUCUUCUCCCGUUCCACCCCGGCAACUCGCUCCCACUGGAACCAGCCCUCAUCCUGCCGCUGAUCCAGGCCUCACUGGUCGCCGUGUCCCUCAACCCCCAGCAGUGUCGCUCCAGGCAGCGGAGAAGCGCCAUCCACCUCCCGGUGACCCCCAGCAACGUGUGCAAGGCCCGGCGCCUCUACAUCGACUUCAAGGACGUGGGCUGGCAGGACUGGAUCAUCGCUCCGCAGGGCUACAUGGCCAACUACUGCCACGGCGAGUGUCCGUUCCCGCUCAGCGAGAGCCUGAACGGCACCAACCACGCCAUCCUGCAGACGCUGGUGCACUCCCUGGACCCGCAGGGCACGCCUCAGCCCUGCUGCGUGCCCAUCCGCCUCUCGCCCAUCUCCAUGCUCUAUUACGACAACAACGACAACGUGGUGCUGCGGCACUACCAGGACAUGGUGGUGGACGAGUGUGGCUGUCGAUGA